UGACCUGUAAAGGAGUGCUUAAAUGUGAUGGAUAUUGUCACUAAUGAUGAGUGAUUAAACAAUAAUUAACCAUUGACGUUUCAAAACUGGUCAACUAUGAACCACCACCGUAACAGAGCGACGUCGUAUUGACAAAACCUUCCACAGCACACUUGUUCGAACGACGCCGUAGAAACCAACUUUUUAUAGACUCUCUUCUUCAUCCCCACCGCAUAAAAAGGAAACCCUUUCUAAAACUUUUUUCAAUUCCGACGCUCUCUUUCUCUCUCUUCAAUCGCCGGCGGUAUUUCGCCGCGAAUUCACUCCCGAACGAUUCUCCCCCUUCCGAUUACAAUCGCCGCAACCUAAUUUCGUUCUUUUCACCUUAUUUUGUUUUUGUAGCUAUGUGCACUUGCUUGUAUUGAGAAGAGUAAUCGGAAUUUUUUUGUUGAAAAGUUAUGGAGGAGGAUUAUUACAUGAGUGGUAGCAGCGAUGAUGAGGGCGAUUGCUAUUCGUCCGAUCAAGAAGCUGAACCGCUCGAAACCGAAGAGCCCGAUUCUCCGUGGGCCCCAUCAAAAUCCCCUUCCUCGAAGGUAAUAACAAAGGAAUCUCUGCUGGCAGCACAGAGGGAAGAUUUGCGAAGAGUAAUGGAAUUGCUAUCAGUGAGAGAACAGCAUGCCAGAACUCUUCUGAUUCAUUAUAGAUGGGAUGUUGAGAAACUAAUUGCUGUUUAUGUUGAGAAGGGGAGAUCUUGCAUGUUUUCUGAAGCGGGUGUAAUUGCGGUUGAACGUGUUGACCUCGAUCCACCAAAAUCUUCCUCUAAAGUGAUGUGCAUUGUUUGUAUGGAUGAUGUGCCUGCAAAAGAUGCGACCAAAAUGGACUGUGGACACUGCUUUUGCAACAACUGUUGGACAGAGCAUUUCAUUGUCAAAAUAAACGAGGGAAAAAGCAAGAGGAUCAUGUGCAUGGCCCAUAAAUGCAAUGCCAUAUGCGAUGAAGCUAUUAUUAAAGAUCUAGUUAGUGUAAAGCACCCUGAUUUAGCAGAGAAAUUUGACAGAUUUCUUCUUGAGUCGUACAUUGAAGACAACAAAAUGGUUAAAUGGUGUCCCAGUAUACCCCAUUGUGGGAAUGCCAUAAGGAUUGAAAGUGAUAAAUUCUGUGAGGUAGAAUGCUCUUGUGGUUUACAGUUCUGUUUCAAUUGCUUAUCAGAAGCCCAUUCCCCUUGUUCGUGCUCGAUGUGGGAGCUGUGGAGAAAGAAAUGCCGUGACGAAUCCGAGACAGUAAAUUGGAUUACUGUGCAUACAAAGCCUUGUCCCAAGUGUCAUAAACCAGUUGAGAAGAAUGGUGGUUGCAACCUAGUCAGUUGCUUAUGUGGGCAAGCAUUUUGUUGGCUGUGUGGAGGAGCUACGGGGCGGGACCACACUUGGUCAAGUAUUGCCGAUCAUAGCUGUGGUCGCUAUAAAGAAGACACUGAAAAGAAAUCCGAGCGCGCAAAAAGAGACCUAUACAGAUACAUGCAUUAUCAUAAUCGUUACAAGGCCCACACGGACUCAUUUAAGCAGGAAUCUAGACUGAAGGAAGCCAUAAAGGAAAAAGUAUCAAAUCUAGAAGAAAGGGACUCGAAAUUAAGGGAUUUCAGCUGGGUUACAAAUGGGCUUUACAGGCUCUUCAAAUCAAGACGAGCUCUUUCAUAUUCGUACCCUUUUGCAUUCUAUAUGUUUGGUAAUGACUUGUUCAAGGGUGAGAUGACCAAAAAGGAAUGUGAAAUAAAACAGCAUUUAUUCGAGGACCAGCAGCAACAGCUCGAGUCAAACGUUGAGAAGCUAUCGAAAAUUCUUGAGGAGCCAUUUGAUGAGUACCCUGAGGAAAAAAUCAUGCAAAUAAGGAUGCAAGUUAUUAAUCUCUCUGAGAUUACCGAUAGCCUCUGCAAAAAGACGUAUGAAUGUGUUGAAAAUGAAUUGUUGGGUUCACUUUGUUAUACAACUCAUCAUAUAGCUCCAUACCAUUCAAAAGGCAUUGAGAAGGCAGGGGAGCUUACUGUUGGAUGGAGCGCCCCCCUAUCAGACAACAACAUUAAAUGUCGGAAGAAGGCAGCUGAUGAACCCCCUGGAGAUGUGAUAGAAACAGGCCAAGCAUCGGCGUCUGGGAGUUCCUACAACAGCCUGCAAUAUUCAAGGAAGCGAGCAAGAAAAGCAAGUUCAUCAUCGGGCAGCGUAUUUGAUCUCAACAUGCCUGCAGAAGCUCAUCCAGCCAAUUCUUGAACGAAUUAAAAUCCAAUUCCCUCGAAGACGAUCUUAUUGCAUUCAACAGAGAAAAUAAAUCGAGCUGUUCGGGUGAAAUUCUGUGUUCGUAUUUGGUUCCUCAAACAAUGUAGAGAUUUUACGUGACGGACAGGUAAACUAGCCCUUCAACUGUUGUAUUGUAAUAGUGUCUUUUUGGGACUCUCAUAUACCAGGGAAUAAUUGGAUAUAUGUCUCUGGUGGUGGAGUCCAUUAUUGUGGGGUGCUGAAAUAUGUUCAUAAAGAGGGGGGGCUCAAUAGUAAUUUUGCCGAAACAUGCUUGAACGAGAUGUAAUAUAAACGGGGAUUCGAAAGUUAACGUAGCUCGAGUGUGUUCCUUGAAAGAUUUCAGAUAAGUUUCCCUAUUUUUUUUUUCUAUUAUAUGUGUGAUAAUAUAUUUGACAUUUUCGCCUGGAAUGCCUUCGGAAAGUUCGCUCUCUCGUCUUUUCUGCUUUAUUUAUUUAUGUGUAAUAGAAUUGUUGAAUUUAGUGAAGAUGAUGGUUUGGUCUACAACAUUGUUCAGUAAUCUAGGCUAAAAGAUUCUGCUUGGCUUAUUAUUUAAGGUUAAUUCCACU